CAAAAAUGCUACAUUCUUCAACCGCAGACUCUCAUCCAACUCGCUUCCAUUAUUUCACCCGCAGCCCGUCAAAAUGAAGACCCUCUCCAGCAUCGCCCUGCUCUUCCUGAGCGCCGCACCACUGGCAACCGCCCACGCCAUCUUCAGCGACAUCUGGGUGGACGGCGUGGACCAGAACCGCGCGUGCCUGCGCCCGGUACCCAGCAAUUCCCCCGUCGAGUCUGUGACCUCCAACGACCUCCGAUGCAACGUCGGCGGGACUCGGGGCAUGUCGGGCAUCUGCGAUGCCAAGGCCGGCGGGUCCAUCACGGUCGAGAUGCAUCAGCAGCCAAACGACCGCAGCUGCGCCAACGAGGCCAUCGGCGGCAACCACUUUGGGCCCGUCAUGGUGUACAUGAGCAAGGUUGACGACGCGACCAGCGCAGACGGCUCGGCCCCUUGGUUCAAGGUUGAUGAGUUUGGCUACGACGCCGCGACCAAGACCUGGGGCACCGAUCUGCUGAACAAGGAGUGCGGCAAGCGGACGUUUAAGGUACCGAGCAACAUCCCCGCGGGUAAUUAUCUCGUGAGGGCUGAGGCCAUUGCGCUUCACACCGCGUCCCAGACGGGCGGGGCGCAGUUUUACAUGAGCUGCUUUCAAGUCAACAUCGCCGGAAGUAGCGGCGGUCAACUGCCUGCCGGAGUGUCGAUCCCCGGCGCAUACAAUGCAAACGACCCAGGUAUCAAGGUCAACAUCUGGGACAGCGGGUUUAGCGACUACAAGAUUCCGGGACCGGCUGUGAUUGACACAAGCUUCAUGUGAAAGGGUCUUGCCUUUUGGCUAAUGACGUGGUUGUGUUGGCUUUUUCUAGAUAGAACUAGAAGCAGAUGCAACAAAGUAGCUAUAGUGUAGAGAGAGUUAGAUUUGUAAAUAUUCACAUGUUAAAGCCCCAACAACAACAACAACAAACAACAUGGAACUGUUGAGAUCUCGUUGUCAAUGCAUUAAACGUGGUGUGAUUUUGCUCCUCGCUGUUGCAGUGGUACCACUAAAGUAGGUAUGAAAGUUACGCAGGGACAGGCAGCGGCCAUUUUUCAGCGAAUGGGUUUUGUGAUGGAAACUUGGC